AGUGGAAAACAGAACCUGCCCCCGCCGGCCUCUGGGACUGAUGGGAAAUCUCCCAGCUUCUCUCUGCUCUCUGGAGCUCCAAGUGGCAAAUCCCCUAGAAUGGACAGAUCUGAGGGUGACUGGCCGGGGUCGCAUUUGGGCUCAUUCUAGAGCUUUGCCCUUGGGACUUCUCAUGCCAGAAGUUUACGUAAAAACCGCUCUGUUUUAUGCUUGGAAGGAAGGGGGCCAAGAUGGGUCGCCGAGCUCAACAGGAGUCCUCUCAAGUCGAGAAUCAUCACAGUGGCAAGAAUUCCUUUUUGACUCUGACUGCAGAGGCUCCCCCUCCCAAACUACCCCGUCGGCAAGGAGGAUGGGCAGAUGAUUCCAUGAAGACUUCCAAGUCAGGAAGGAGGGCUUCUGAGGAAGUAGAAGAUCACCGCCUCAGACAGCAGAGCCUGGAUGGAUUGGAUGACGAAGGAGAUAUUCCUGUUAUUCCGGACCUGGAAGAAGUACAGGAGGAAGACUUCGUUUUGCAGGUGGCAGCCCCUCCCAGCAUCCAGGUGAACCGGGUGAUGACGUACCGUGACCUGGACAAUGACCUCAUGAAGUACGCAGCCUUCCAGACCUUGGAUGGAGAGAUCGACCUGAAGCUCCUCACCAAAGUCCUUGCGCCAGAGCAUGAGGUUCGAGAGGACGAUGUCGGCUGGGACUGGGACCGUCUGUACACUGAGGUGUCCUCAGAGCUCCUCACCGAGUGGGACCCACUGCAGGUGGACAAGGAGGACCCUGUGGGACAGCGCGUGCACACCUGAGCCCCCUGGGUCAGCAGACACUCCCUGCACGCAGUCACCUCUGCUCUGGACUUAAAAACACCAUAAACCUAAAACUAAAGAAGUUUGCAAGCAGCUUACAAAUUUUUAUGCACUAUUUGGUAAUAAAAAUACUUUAUUUUCAGUAGACCACA